CGUCUUACAGUCGUGUUCCGCGAGUGUGUGUGAAGAGAAAAGAGACACAAACUUCGUAGUUAACUUUAUGAAAUUAAGAAACCAGCGGCCAUGAGCGAGAGCCUGGGCAGUGGCGGUCUGCUGGCGGCGGCCGGGGGCGGGUUCCGCCUGGGGGGGCUGCACCCCCUCAUGCACCCACCGCGCAUGUCGCCCUCGCCCGAGCUGUACCUCGAGGCGCACGCGGACCUGCAGCCGCUCGACUUCUCGACCAAGAAGGGCAAGAUGUCCCCCGCCAGCGACGCCGGAGAGAACAGCGACAGCGACCGCUGCAGCCUGCCGGAGGAGGGCCACGGCGGCGGCGCCCUCAACCUGGCCCCGGAGCGCCCCGUGUGGUCGCGCUCCUCCGAAUCGGGCGUGUCGGUGACCAGCGCGUCCCCCGACCGGCCCGCCUCCCCCGCCGGCCUGCACAGCCCGCCCUCGCCGAUGGCCACCAGCCCCUCCAGGCCCCUCCAGCCCCACCUGGGCUCCAUCCAGCAGCAUCUGCACGCCCAACUGGCGCACGCCUCCCGAACGCACCCGCGGCCGCCCUCAACUCCACGCUCCUGUCGCAGCUCCACUCCAACCCGCUGCUCUUCUCCACCCUGCAGUCCGCCCUCAGCAAGUCCAAGAUGGCCGGCCACCCCUUCAAGUCGCACCUGCCGGCGCGCAGCUCCUCGCCGCCGUGGAUUACCGCGGCGUCCUCGUCGCCCUCGCACCUGCACCUGCCCUCUCGCGCGCGCCCGGAGGCCUCGGCCUCGGGCGGCCUGCCGGGGGGAGCGGGUCUGGUCGGGAGGCUUCGGAGGCGUCGGCCUCGGGGGCCCGGCCUGGGGGGGCCGGCCUCGGGGGGAGCGGGCUGGGAGGCUCCGGCUCGGGGGAGGAGGCCUCGCAGGCCCCGGCUUGGGGCAGGAGGCUUGGAAGCUCCGGCUCGGAGGCGGAGGCGCCACUGCUGUAUAUUCUGACUGCAUGUCUCAAUUUUGUGUCUCUGUGUAUGCUGUCCUGUUCAUGUUGUCAAAAAAGACAUCCGUUUUCUUUUCGGGUUGUCACUUUCACUCCGUUUUCUAUGCGGCCAAGGAAGCUUCUACGCUACACAAAAUAAAGGGACACCAAUACAAACGCCUCAGUUGGAUCCGAGUGGGUGUAGUGGCCUUACAAUGCGGCGCGUGGAGGACCUCAGACUCAGCUCGGACCUCCCUUGAAUAUCAUGAGGAGAGACCAUCUGCCUGUCCCACUUUAAAGGCUUCCAGACCACUCAGGACCUGGCAGUGGCCUCCGCGGGAUUAUGGACCGUUCUGUUUGCUCCGUAUCUCAGCUGCGGACGCAGAGAUCAGUUACAAAGAGAUUGGCUGGCGAAAGAAUGCUCUUCUAGGAGGCAAGGGCGUCGGAGUAAUGAACUCUCCGCGGUUACUGCAGCAAGUGCGCCGCGGUGUAAGAACUAAUGGAAUGGGUGAUAGUGGAUAG